AUGGGACAUCAUACAUGUUGUAACAAACAAAAAGUGAAGAGAGGGCUAUGGUCUCCUGAAGAAGAUGAAAAACUUAUUAACUACAUUACUAAUUAUGGUCAUGCUUGUUGGAGCUCUGUUCCUAAGCUUGCAGGGCUUCAAAGAUGUGGGAAGAGCUGCAGAUUGAGGUGGAUAAAUUAUCUAAGACCAGAUUUGAAACGUGGGAGUUUCUCCCCUCAAGAAGCAGCACUUAUCAUUGAGCUCCAUGGCAUUCUUGGCAACAGGUGGGCACAAAUAGCAAAGCAUUUACCUGGAAGAACAGACAACGAAGUGAAGAAUUUUUGGAAUUCAAGCAUCAAGAAGAAGCUCCAUCUUUCUCAUGGAAUCCUCCCUGAUCUCUCCAUCAUCUUUCCUAAUUAUAAUAAUCUCAUGACUAAUCCAAACCCUAAUCCCUCUUUUGAUAAUUUCUACUCAUUCAACCCCAAUGUUCCUAUUACUAAUAGUUUCAUGUCAAGUAUAAAUUCUCCCCUAAUUCUUGACCAAAUGAACAACAUUAAUCAUAAUGGGGAUUUGAAUUUAACUAAUCAAGUGAUGCCUAAUUCCCUUCCAAAUUUGUCAUUUGACUCAAUUUCAAAUGAUCCUACAUGGUUUAAUUUCAAUUAUCCUAAUCAUCUUCAAUAUGAUCUUGAAUACAACCCUAGUGUUAUUAAACAAGACAACUCCAUUAAUUCCAUGCUCACCUCCAACAUUUCAUUGAAUUGCACUAAUGGGGAGAAUUUCAUGGAUUCAACAAACACGGCUAUCAAAAUUCAUCAAGAUUUAAUGAUGACACCUUCGUGUUUGCCUAAGCUUUCUGAAAUUAUAAAGGAGAACGAAGAUGGCAUUCUAGAAUCAACUCCAAUUGUGUCACAACAUGACUCCAUGGUGGUCAAUAGUACUCUCCCAUGUACUUUCCCAACUAGUUAUAUUAUGAAUCCACAUAAUAAUGUGCAUAGAGUCGUCAAUGAAAUUGAGCUAAUGAAAUCCUUACACAUGUCAUCAUCAUCAUCAUCGUCAAAAUCAUCAAAUUCAUCGUCAUUGUCAGCACUUUCAUGCAGUCAAUUUAUGAUGAACCCUAGAACUUGGGAUUGAUCAUAGAGACAUGUUGGCUUUUGUGAUGAAAAUGGUCAUGAAAAAGAUGGUAAGCUUUUUAUUUUCUAAGGGAGUUUUUAUGAUGAAGGAAGUUUCAUAU